AUGAAGGUAUCGGACGGGGAACGAGGUGUCAUCGUGAUGAUUGCUAGCACAGUAGCUUACGAAGGCCAGGCUGGUCAGAUCGCAUAUGCAGCGUCAAAAGGCGCCAUUCGGUCAAUGACAUUGCCUAUGGCUAGAGAUAUGUCCAGAUAUGGAGUGAGAGUCGUUACGAUAGCCCCUGGACCUUUCAAGACGCCCAUGACAGGUCAAUUCUCGCAAUCCAUGACGGAUAGGUUAGAAAAGGAAGCGGUGUUGUUCCCGAAGAGGUACGGGAUGCCAGAGGAAUUCGCGGCAACGGUGAGGUGGAUUUUAGAGUGCCCGUAUGUCAAUGGAGAGACGUUCAAGUUGACCGGUGGGACUCGAGUUCCUGCCAUGCUGUAG